UUCGAUGGGUCCUCGAUGAUAAUUUCUAUUCCGGAGAUGUCCGUGUAGCUCUUCUGUGCGAUUCUGAAAAUCUAAAUCUGAAGAACAAAUGCGUCUCAUGUGCAAUGCUUGGCUGCUGUACAGAAUGUUUUUUUGUACAGUGCGGGGGAUGACAGAGGCUAGGGAGCAGAUUCCAGUGAUGGUAAAGUAUUGGCGUAAAUUGGAUAAAGAAGGGAUUCUUGAGGAAUGUCUAGUACGUUAUUUAUGGAAAAAUGAACUUACUGGCAGUCACGAUCACAAUGACGUCUUUGAAGACUGCAUUGAACUCAUGAAGACAUUUGGGCUUCUCUUUGAAAAGAAUGCACCAGAAGAGGACACUCGACUUUUUGUCGUGCCUUCCCGGAUGAAGACCAUGCCUAAUAAUAGAUUGGAGAUUAAGAAAGACAAUGAGCAGACAGUAUCCAUCUAUGUGACGCCUAAAGACUUUCUUCCCGACGCCGUCUACGAUGUCUUGGUCGUUAGAUUUGUAAGCCUGAGUCAGGAUAGAGGUUGCCGUGGUGACCCUAAAUUGUUUCAGAAUAAGGCUGAAAUUAUAUUCGAUGAUAAGCAUUGUGUGAGACUAGGUCGGAUUUUCAUUGACAACAAACAGUCUUUGAAACUUGAAAUAUCACGGAUGAAAGAGCGAGAUGAACAAUGUGUGGACAAGCCAACGUGCAAGCCGCAUCCCAGCGUAUGUACAGAGGUUUUGAACAUGUUAAAACAAAACCUAGAUGAGGUAUAUCCGUCUAAGAAAGUUGUUGGCUAUUCUCUGAACAUACUUUGCUUUGUCUGCGUGAACCCAGAGACACCACACUUUCAAGAACUUGAGUACUGCUUAAAGAACGAGUAUAUAAAUUGUGAUAAAACAGGAGAACUUAUUGUAAUGCCAACAGCUAAAGUACAGAAUCUAUUUGUGGCAGAUUCGCCUGUUGAUAACAAAAGAAAAAUAUCGGACUCAGACCAACUUGUAGUGAAAAAGUUCAAGACCUGUAAUACAACAGACGGAGAAAAAGGAAGUGCAGAAGAAUUGUUGGACUUCAGUGUGCUGAAAGCUGUUGUUUCUAGCUGGUAUGACCGCCACCGAAGUCUUUCUAUGUUGAAAGUGUUGUUCAGAGACAAGGUGGACAAUCACAAGCUAUCACAAGUAAAUAAGACGAUGAACUUGCUGAAUAAUUUGAUUACAUAUGAUCAUCUGAGUUCACGGAAUCUUGGACUCCUGUGUGAUACUAUUAGAGUAACCAAACAUUUAGGUCUUUUAAAGGAGAUUAAAGAAAAACUACCAUCAUUUCCGGAUGUGAGGGAAGGAAACAUUUCAACAAAAUUCACACCUCACAGACAAAAGUUAAUGGAAUUUGGAAUGAUACUGACCCCAUCCGACGUGACGCAGAUCGAUGAGUUAUAUAAUACACCUCCUAAGGACUAUACAGACGGCUGGGAAAUGAUCACUGAUCUUGAAGACAGACUCAUAAUCAUGGAAGAAAAUAUGAACAAAUUCAUUGACUUGUUGAAAAUCCUAAAUCUCAGUCUUGCAGUAGGCGCACUAACAACAUAAAGAUUGUUCAAUUCUGUUGGUACCGAAAGAAAGAUUUUACUCCGAAGUAUAAUGGAACAAGUUCAUGAACUGACAUACUGUAUCAACAAAUACCAACGGGUGAAGUACAUAAUGUGUAGAAGAGGAACAAGGGAUUGUAAGGUUAUGUUGACACGACAAUUAUUGUGCAAAGAUCAGGUGGAAGAUGCUAGUGAUCUGCUAAGAUCCACGACCACGAUGUGCCAGUUUUUGAGCCCCAGUGAAGGCCCUGUAGAUACGACAUAAUGUUACUAUAAUACCAGUGGUAUGGCAUUCCAAGAAACCAACAUAACAUCAUUCUCAAUUCAUCGACAAAAAGUGAUGAAACUUGGUAGAGUGUUAUUGCUAUACGAGGUAUACAGUC